AUGUCAGACUGCAACCCUAAGUCGACGCCAGCGAAUCCCCACGUACGUUUAUCGAAAGAAAUGUGCCCCUCAACGAGAACAGAAAAGGCUGCGAUGGAAACGGUGCCAUAUCAACAAGCAGUGGGCUGCCUGAACUAUCUUACACACGCUACGCGGCCAGAUAUUGCGUUUGCCGUGAACCAAGUCUCGCGCUACUGCCACAAUCCUGGACCCCAACACUGGGAAGCGGUCAAACAUAUCCUGGCGUACCUCAAAGGAACCACUCAGUACGGCAUAUGCUUUAAUGGAAGUAGUGGGAGUAGUGACUGUGCCCUAGUUGGCUACACCGACUCUGAUUACGCAGGUGACCUAGAUCACUAUCGCUCUACAACAGGAUACAUUCUCUUCUUUAAUAAUGGUCCAGUCAGCUGGUGUAGCAGGAGACAACCGUCGACCGCAUCUUCCACCACUCAAGCCGAAUAUCAAGCACUGAGCGACGGGUCAAGAGAAGCGGCCUUCUUUAUGUGGCUCCUACAGGAGCUAGGUGUUGAGAGUAAACGAGCCGUUACCCUCUUCUGCGACAACAACGCCGCGAUACAGCUAGCCAGCAAUCCUGUGUUUCGAUCAAGAACGAAACACAUCAACGUUGCAUACCACAUCGUCCGUGACUAUGUAGAGGCGCACCAGAUCAAAGCUGAACGGGUGGAUACGAAGGACAACCUGGCCGACAUCCUCACUAAACCUCUUCCGUCAACCGACUUCAAAAGAUUUCGUGAACUCAUCCGGGUUCGACCUCUUCCAGAGUAA